AUGAAAUCUUCUGCAAUAUUUUACUCAUGUUUACUUCCAAUAUUAUUAAUUUUAUUAUGCUAUCCAGUAUCAUUUCGUUAUACAACGACAAUACCAAUAGAAUCAUCCGCAGAUAGUAUAUUUGAGUUUUUAUCUAGUGACAAAAUAAAACAAUUACAACCAUUAGUUAAAGAACAUACACUUAUAAAACAAUUUAAUUCAACUCAUUCAAAAUCUUAUAUAAUAGAAUCGGUUCCUAUUACUAUUAACAAUUAUAAUAUAUUUCAUAUUAAUGCUAAAUCCACUAUAAUAACAGUUAUUAAUAAUUCAAAUAAAUUAAUAACAAAUGAAGUUCAUUCUCAAUUUAAUUUAGUUAGAUUAAAACAAUCGUUUCAAAUAAAAGAAGAUAUUCAACAUUCAUCUGUGAAUCUAUUAAUUGACGAUAUUUAUUGUGAAACAUUAUGGUGUCUACGUAGUUUUACAUUAAAACAAAUUCAAUAUGCUCAUAAUAAAUUAUUAGAAAAUAUUAAACUAAAAUUAGAAUUAAAGAGAAAUCAACAAGGACAAGAAUAA